CCUUUGCGCGAGUCCGACAGCAGCAGUCCACCACCUAUCUCCACCCUUACGACGCAGCCCGACUACCUGCUUUAUCUCGAGUAUUUCCGCCGACUAAACCACCAUGUCUACUGCAGCCCGCCGCCGGUUGAUGCGAGACUUCAAGCGCAUGCAAACUGACCCCCCCGCUGGCGUCUCCGCAUCCCCCAUCGCCGACAAUGUCAUGACCUGGAACGCCGUCAUUAUCGGACCCGCAGACACGCCAUUCGAAGAUGGGACAUUUAGAUUGGUGAUGCACUUUGAGGAGGCAUACCCCAACAAGCCACCGGGCGUCAAGUUCAUCAGCCAGAUGUUCCACCCUAACGUAUAUGGCACGGGGGAGCUCUGUCUAGAUAUUCUCCAGAAUCGCUGGAGUCCGACAUACGAUGUUGCCGCCAUCCUGACCAGCAUUCAGAGUCUCCUCAACGACCCGAACACGUCGUCGCCCGCCAACGUCGAAGCCUCAAACCUGUACAAAGACAACCGCCGGGAAUAUACCAAGCGUGUGCGUGAGACGGUGGAGAAGAGUUGGGAGGACUGAGGCAUGCUGCAUGAAUCAUAGCACAGGCAACCUAUCACGACAAGGCACAUGUGAGGAGUUAUUCGGCAUGGAGUAGCGGUUAUACCAGUUUGGCAUGUCCUGCGGUCUGCUUUGUUUCCAUUCCCAUAGCGAAGGCGUUGGGGUUCUCUACGAUUUAAUACAUGGCGGCUUAGCUAGUCCAAGUGUCUUUAGUCUCAACUUGCAUCAUAGUUAAUCCCAAACUCAGCUGCACUUCCAGGGCUUGUGAGUAUGCCAAAGCUGAGUGGACGCGCCCAGCAGGAAGUGCGUCACGCUCACUGG